AUGAGCACGCAUCAACAUUCAAUACUUGAAAAUGUUUCGGCUACAAACACGUCUCAUUCAAAGGUUACAUUAAAACCUCUUCCUACAACUUCAAGAUUAUCAACCAAUUCAGCAGAAACAGUUGAAAACAUUUCUUUAGAAGGAGAUGAGACAGACCAAACAAAAUUAAUAAAGGAAAAGAAUAGAGUACCGAUACAAGCAGCUAAAGUUGGUAUACAGUCAUCAACAUCCUCAAUAACGGACCAGGAAGAGUCAUGUGAUCGUAAAAAUUCCAAGUCGUUGUUAGGGAGGUCACUUUCUUUUCUAAAUCGUAAAGAAGAACGACAGUCACAGUUAGUAAAAAUACAUAAAUAUACAAUUUAUGAUAAUGAAAAAGAAGAAUUUAUCGAAAUUGUAGAAGAAGAAUGGGAAGGAGAUGGACCACCACCACGACAAUCCAUAACUUCACAACAUAAAAGUAUUGUUUUUGUUGAUAAAGAUUUACCAAGUUUACCAGAACCAAUUCCCAAGAAAGAAGAAAAUAAAUUUAUAAAAUUUUAUAGAUGGGCCGAAAAGAAAUGGCUUCAAAACAAAAAAAGAAAUAUAAUCACUUUAGGAGUUACUUUAUUUUUAUUUUUUAUUCUUAUCAUCCUUGCCGCUGCUGGAGUUUUCUCGAAUCAUGGAAAUAAUAAUAAUGGUCAAGGAAAUGCUGAUAAUCAUAGCAUUAAAUAUGUAGCUUCUUCCAAUCAUGGCUCUUAA